GGCGUUAAGAUGAUCGAUCAAGCCUUGUGAGAGGUCAGACACGCAGGGAAUAAUCUCACCACAACAAGUGGAUGCAGUCGGACGUUUUCACAGCAGCGCGUACUUGCAGCACUUGGCCUGUCAAUCUAUUUUGAUCGCGACAGAAAGUACUCUUUAUCGCGCCGGCGGCAAUCUCCAGUCAGCGAUUGGAUCUAGACCCACUCUGUCCACCACCUGGUUCUGUGCUAAACAUAUCUUAGCGGUCGUCUCAGGCUCAGCCCAAUGCCCUAUGGUUAAGUUCGACCUCUGGUGGCUUGCGAAACCACGAAGGAUUACAAUUUCCAGAAUGUCGGGUUUGCUCAAACCCCCCUUUUGCCAUGCGCCAGCGCUGGGGACACAGCGCAUAUAUGCGCUCGCACAGCCCGGACGCGCUGGUCCUCUCUCUUGGGUUUGAAACUUCGCGCAAUCUCUCGAAGCAAACAUACCAACUUCCUCGAACCUCGCUCUAUGUAUUGAGAACUAUUUUCGCAGUGGGAUCUCUUUUUGCGGCGAGACCUAUUCUGCCUUGGGUGUUAUUUCUUGCCGUGAUCCUUAUCUUUGCCGUGGGUUGUAUUUUCGCGGGGAAACAUACCUAUUCUUAGGGCUUCGAGGGUUGUGUGACCGUGGAAGAUCUAAAGACAUAGAACCAUCCAACCAAACCCGUCGCUUUCCCAAAGAAAAGAAAGUCUGAGGCCGGACGGGCAAAUUGUCGAUGGCUUCCAGCCCUUUCAAGUCUGUUUCGGGGUGGUUACUGUUCCUUCAUGGUUUCCUGGUUUCAAUCACAGUCCGAGCCGACCCCGUGCCCACCUCAGUACAAUAUGAUCCCCAUUUCAUAGGAUGGUUCAUUGGGCCCACAACGACCCAGGCACUGACGGACCCGGACUUCUGGAGCACAACGGGGUCCUAUGCACGUGGGUGCUCCACGAACCCAUGCUCCGUUGCGACAGACUGUCAGAGUAACUCCAUCACGUACGACAAUGGCAAGACCAGUACCUGCAACGUAUGUCGGACGAUGACAAUCUAUGAAUCAGCACCGUUCAAAGGCCCAACGGCCAGUAAUAUCUUCUGCGCAGAGCAUUGGAGCGCAUUUCAAGUGUAUCGCAAGCUACCAGAACCGACCACCACGCCAGAAGCAGAAGAGUCAUCCACAAAAUCGAAGCCCCAGCCCGCAUCACCUGCCUCUACUACGUCAACCACCAAGGAAACCGCAAAGCCCACCGAGGACAAGCCCACCGAAGACAAGCCCACCAAAACCAAGUCCACAGAACCAUCUCCCUCAGAAGCCUCUCCCACAGCAGCCAAGCCCACAUCCACAGAAGAUAAGCCCACCGACGACCCACCCAAUUCAAAACCAGACCCCUCUCCACCCAGCCAAGCGUGGAUCGCAGGCGCCGUCGCAGGCCCAAUCGCGGGGAUCGCCUUCUUCGCCGGCAUCGUCGUCUGGGUCAUCUACCGACGAAAACACCGGCGAGACCGCGUCGCAUGGCCGCACGAUCACCCGUACAUGGGCCCGCCGGUCAUGAAGCAACAGCAGCAGUUUCCAUACGAGAUGAGCGCGCCGGGCUUGAAGCAGCCGCAACAAUUUCCUUACGAGAUGGACCCGACUGGUCGUCGUCCGUCUGUGUAUGAAUUAAGUUCUGGUAAUCAGCACUAGCUGGGUUGGCCUGGGUUACUAUGUGAAGAAGAAGUCGGACGGUGUGUGUAGAUGCUUUUAUGUAUAUAAUUAAUUUUUUUGCAUCGGUUUGCAAAUGUAUUGCAUAGCUUUUUGUUACUUUCUGAUAUGCUUUGGAAACUAGUGAUUAGUCUCUGGGACAGUAAGACAUGGGAAUAGAUACUUAGGGUUGAUGUAUAUAUUCAAAAUAAUUAAAAGGAUUAAAU